AUGCGUGGAUCUGAACUAAACAAGCAAAUAUUGAGUAAUAAUGGCUAUAAAUUAAAACAAAUGUUUCUUUUAUUAACUCUAUUUAAUCUUAUAAUGGCUGUGUUAUAUAAUAGAAAGAGAAAAGUAAAGUUAUUUGUAUUUUUAACAAUUUUAGAGAAUCUUAUCUUCUUCUGUAUUUAUAAUUCAGUCAAACCAGUAAUUGGAAGAGAGAAUGGUGCCUAUAGAAUUGAAUUUAUCAGAGAUAUUAACUCAAAGGGAUUUGUGGCAUUUAUAAGAGAUAUUCUCAGAUACUUAUAUAUUAUGAAAGUUCAUUGUUAUUUUUUUAAUUAUGGUUACAUAUGGUUAUUAGGAAUUAUUGCUUCUGGUUAUUAUGAGUUUGUUUAUUAUCCAUUUUAUCGUUCUAAUCAUCAAAAUAGUAAAUUAAAAACAAAAUCAGUUAAAAAUAAAUAA